CAUGGCGGCGGGGCGGGGGGGUCGGCGGAGGAGGAGGAGGAUGGUGGCGCUUCUCUUGCUCGUCGUGUUGCAGGUGGCGGGCGCCGCCUCAGCCGCCGCCCUGCCCGUGGCCAUCAACACCUGGGCGUUUAGGAAGGCUGCAGAGACAGCUUGGAGAGUGUUACAAUUGGGAGGUUCUGAGCUGGAUGCAGUUGAGAAAGGCUGUGGUCAGUGUGAGAUUGACCAGUGUGAUGGGAGUGUGGGAUAUGGAGGAAGCCCAGAUGAAAGUGGAGAAACAACGCUGGACGCAAUGAUUAUGAAUGGCAACACUAUGGAAGUUGGGGCAGUUGCAGAUCUCAGGCAUGUAAAGAAUGCAAUUGGUGUAGCACGAAAGGUCAUGGAAUACACUAAACAUACAUUAUUAGUGGGAGAGUCAGCCUCCCUGUUUGCUGUAAGAAUGGGGUUUCCAUAUGAAGAUUUAACUACCCAAAAAUCUCUUUCGAUGUAUUCGAGGUGGCUUAAUCAAAGCUGUCAGCCAAACUACUGGAAGAAUGUGGUACCAGACUCUUCAAAAUCCUGUGGACCAUACAAACGGCCUCAAAAAGUAACUUAUAAAGAAGAACAGACCAUCUCACAAAGAAGUGUUCAUAAUCAUGAUACUAUUGGUAUGGUUGUAAUUGGUGAGAGCGGAACCACUGCUUCUGGCACAUCUACUAAUGGGGCAGCCCACAAAAUUCCAGGUCGUGUAGGAGAUUCUCCAAUAGCUGGAGCAGGAUCCUAUGCGGACAGUACAGCUGGAGGAGCUGCAGCCACUGGGGAUGGUGAUAUCAUGAUGCGCUUCUUACCCAGUUACCAAGCUGUGGAGUAUAUGAGGACGGGAACAGACCCAACAGUAGCCUGUCAGAAAGUUAUUUCCAGAAUCCAGAAGUAUGCUCCAAAGUUCUUUGGUGCUGUUAUAUGUGCCAAUACAACUGGAAGCUAUGGUGCUGCAUGUAAUAAAAUUCCAGGAUUCACUCAGUUUCACUUCAUGGUUUCUAGCCCUUUGCUAAGUCAGCCAACUGAGCAAGUAGUAGAUUGCAUUUAAUUUCUUUUGUCCUAUUAGCACCUAAAUUUAGAGGAGGAAAGUGCAAAGGUUCUCCAGGUGUUACUUUUUAAAAUGGUUGUUCACUUUCACUGUUGCAUAAUCAUGUGAACAAGUACAAAGGUAUGUUGAUGGUACAGCUACUACUUCACUGGUUUUGAUAUCUUCUACUUUAUUAUGGCCUUGUGUAGUGCAGCUAAGCUUCAUCUGUAGUUUCCGAAUAUAAUUAUCUUGGUAACUUAUUUCUAAAUGAUUGUAGACUGGUACUAUUAAUCUAGAGUGAUGUUUAAAAAACUGACUGUGUAGUUUGAGGGAAGUGAACAUAGUUGCAAAAUUAUAGUUAGUGCUGAGACUUUCACAGUUAGCAUAGGCAAUUCAUCUCUGUUUAAAAAUCUACAUCUAAGUGAAAUGGCUGAAAUUGAUGUGCUUUGCUACUGAGGUCUCAAGUCAUGAAUUUAGUAGGCAUUACCUUACAUCCCAUCUCGAUUUUUAAACUUUUGCAAUCCUGACAAUCAAACUGUGGUUCUCAAUGCCACAAAAAGUUACCUGUUACAUAUUUACUUCCGAGUAAUGCCAAGUUUCACCUGCUUUUUGGGGAAAGUUGAGCAUUGGUCACUGGAAAACAGACAGCUCAUGAAGUGUGCAGGUGGUCCUACACAUGCGAAGAGAUGAAGUGUCCAAUGGCUCUUGUAGUCUGUCUGUUUUCAUAAGAAAUAAGUAGCCAAAAGUGAUCAAUAGUAAACAUUGAACUAGACCUUCACUUUGCCAUUUUAAAACAUAUUUGGCAGAAAUCUGGAAUAAAGGGCAGGGAGCACGAGGGUCUCGGCCUCUACACGAGACUUAUUUUGAGAAUAUUUAAUGGUCUUGCUAAGAUUUAGUCCACAUUUUCUUUUCUCAUGAAAAUCACAUGGAAAUGCUGACAAGCAGGGACAGGGGGUUGAAGAGUAGUGGAGAAGAUUUCAAAGCUUUAAUUAAGAAAUAAAGAGCAUCUCCUUGUGGACCUUUCUAACUUGUAUUCCCAGCUGUUGUGAAACGUUUGAAUAGAGAGGACAUCCAAACAUCCCUGGCAGUACAAGCCUUCAAGGAGUAUUGCGUUGACUAACUGGAUGUGAAGACGUGGAAAUAUUCCUGUCCCCUUCUUUUGUAGUGGAAGUUAAGUUUUGAAUCUUAAUCACAGUGAUUUCCUUGUCACUAAUAUGCUGUGUGCUUGCCCUUCCCUGUAGUACAUCUAGCCCUGCAAAGGAGCAGUUGCAUACCUACAGCUGACAGAGCUGGGUUUGUCACUUUCUGUGUCUAGUGAUACCAGGAUUCAUUUGUAAUAGAACUUCAGCAUCUCGCAGAUUGUUCCAUAGGUAUUUGAAGAUCUGUUUGAUGGUUUUCUUAACUUGGUGGCUUGCUGAUUGUUUGAUUGAAACUUUGUUAAACUCGAGCUAGGAAAAGUUAAAAGGGGGGAGCAAGUAAAAUGAACGUGUCUUGUCAUAAACACUUUAAUUAUUCUUUGUCUACUUGAAUAAAAUAAUGGGGUAAUAAAAACACACCUUAAUGUAUUGUUUAUAAGUAAGGUUGUUUAGAUGCUUGUGUACUGUGCUUUAGAAUGAUUGUUGCCUUAUGUUCCGAGUUGGUAUCUUUGAAAGUUGGAAAAAACCAUUCAAACUGGAAUAGCCAUCUUUAAUGACCUGCUGUUCAGCUUGGUUAGCAAAGUAAUCUGUCUGGAGAUUCACUUCUGUCACUGGAUCUUUAGAGCAUACUGUAGCACAGAGUUCACUGUAGGCCACAACAAGCUUUAGUCAAAGCUCUUACAGAAUAUAUUAGCAGCGGUCUAAGAUAAGUUUUCUACCUGUCCCACUUACAACCUUUCUACAAUGGCUGCUGUAUCUUCAGGUAACUCAGGCAACCCAGUGAAAAUAGAUGAAUAAAAUCCCAAUGAUUGUUACUUUGGAGAUAGCGUUGUGGAUUGUGAACACAGAAGGUUCAGUAUUGGCAGCUGAGUGGUAAUGUCUCAAACUGCUGCAGCUGAAUCCACCAGGAUUCAUUUUUGAGAGAAGGUGGGAACAUCCAUGGCUUGCUUUCUAGUGUGCUUGUGCCACUCUGUGCUAGCUAGUGUACUCCUCCAGAGGCUGUGAGUGCCCAUGCUGAAAGAUCAUGAGUGCUCUAUAACAGUGUACUUGAAGUUAUCAAGGUACAAUUAUAGCUUACUGCAUAGUCAGCUCAUCUAUACAUAAACUUGUCUCCAUGAGACAUAUGCACUAAUACAUGUGGCUUUACAGUGUAGGUUGCUUUGUCAUGCUGAAUUAGUUAUCAUAAAUGAAAGGGUUGGUUUGUGUAAACCGUUUUAAUAGAUUGCUAAUUUGACAGUAUGUUAAAUUAUAAUAUUUAUACAUGUGCCGUUCUGAUGUUAUGGACAGAAUUCUGAAUUUAAAAAGUAAUUUGCUUAAUGUUUUGUAUUAAAAAUAUUUAUUUAAAGGUUAUUAAUAGUAGGGCUGUUCUCUUACGCUUAGCAGACACAUGAGGUUUUUUAAGAAUUUUACAGGUACAAACCCUUGCCAAAAGUAAGCAAAAAACUAUAUGACAGUUUCUGCUUUGGGUGGGAGGGAAAUAAAAAACCUUCCUGUUUCUGAUUCCAAGGAAUUUUGUAUUCUUAGGUUUUUACUCUUAAACUUUUACUACAAAACACAGGAAAAACCUACACAGAAUGUGAGUACUUGUACGCUAGUGGUACACUUGAAUGCAUCCUGUCUGUAAAGUUGUGGGGGUGCUGUAAUUCCAAAUGUGUUUUAAGUUCCUUGGCUUCUAGCUAACCUGCUUUUUUCUGUUUCUAAAACUUCUUACCAAAUUAUCACUUCAUCCAGUGUAGACAGAAAAAGAAUCUUAGCUCAGUGGUCUGACUAAUAAAGCCAACUACGCCAUGUUUUUGCAUGCCACUGAAUUGUGCUUUAAUAAAACCAUCUGUAUGAACCCUGA